CUGAGGCUAGGAUAGGCAAGAUGGCACCCGGCCGGGAGGGCGAGCUUGACCGCGACUUCCGAGUCCUUAUGAGCCUCGCCCACGGCUUCAUGGUCUCCCAGGUGCUGUUUGCUGCCCUGGAUCUGGGCAUCUUCGACCUUGCGGCCCAGGGCCCGGUGGCAGCGGAGGCGGUGGCACAGACUGGGGGGUGGAGUCCGCGGGGAACGCAGCUGCUAAUGGACGCCUGCACCAGGCUGGGGCUACUAAGAGGGGCCGGGGACGGCUCCUACACCAACUCUGCGCUGUCAUCCACAUUCCUGGUGAGCGGAAGCCCCCAGUCUCAACGCUGCAUGCUGCUCUACCUGGCGGGCACAACAUACGGCUGCUGGGCCCACCUGGCUGCUGGGGUCAGGGAAGGGCGGAACCAGUACUCCAGGGCCGUGGGCAUCUCCGCUGAGGACCCCUUUUCGGCCAUCUACAGGUCAGAGCCUGAGCGCCUGCUGUUCAUGAGGGGCCUGCAGGAGACAUGGAGUCUAUGCGGGGGACGGGUCCUCACAGCCUUUGACCUCUCACGCUUCCGGGUCAUCUGUGACCUUGGCGGCGGGUCUGGGGCGCUGGCACAGGAGGCCGCCCGCCUCUAUCCCGGUAGCUCCGUGUGUGUCUUUGAUCUCCCUGAUGUCAUCGCCGCUGCCCGCACCCACUUCCUGUCGCCAGGGGCAAGACCCAGUGUGAGGUUUGUCGCUGGUGACUUCUUCCGUUCCCGCCUCCCCCGCGCUGACCUCUUCAUUCUUGCCCGGGUCCUGCACGACUGGGCUGAUGGUGCCUGCGUGGAGUUGCUGGGGCGGCUGCACAGGGCCUGCAGGCCAGGUGGUGCACUACUGCUGGUGGAGGCAGUGCUGGCCAAGGGCGGGGCUGGGCCGCUGCGGUCGCUCCUGCUGUCACUCAACAUGAUGCUGCAGGCUGAGGGGUGGGAGCGCCAGGCCAGCGACUACCGCAACCUGGCCACUCGUGCAGGCUUCCCCCGCCUGCAGCUGCGGCGUCCUGGUGGGCCAUACCAUGCCAUGCUGGCCCGGCGGGGACCCCGCCCUGGGAUCAUCACAGGAGUGGGAAGUAACACUACGGGGACAGGAAGUUUUGUCACAGGUAUAAGACGUGAUGUCCCUGGGGCAAGAAGUGACGCUGCAGGGACAGGAAGUGGCACUGGAAACACAGGAAGUGGCAUCAUGCUACAGGGAGAGACGUUGGAAUCAGAGGUCAGCGCCCCACAAGCAGGAAGUGACGUUGGCGGGGCAGGAAAUGAACCCAGAAGUGGCACCCUCAAGCAAGGAGACUGGAAGUGACUGGGGAGUGAGGGCAGGGAAUCCUGGGCAAGAAAUGAUGUCCCGGAUGGGAAUGGAGGAGUUUUGGCCAGGAAGUGACGCCAUAACCAAAACCUGUGACUUGGGAUAGGAAGUGACAUCAUGGGUGGGAAUUUAUGACUUCUGGACAGUUACAUUACAGCUGAGAGUCAGUGAGUUUUAGGCAGGAAGUGAUGUCACAGUAAUGGUGGGGUAGGGGACAAUAAACGCA